AUGCUUGCAAUAUUGGGAGAUCCCGGAUAUUACCAAAAAAAAAAACCUACGAAACGAAUGAAUCAUUGUUUGCAGAUUAUCGAUAUUAAAGAAUUACAACAGAAACCACCGGCUUUCACGAAGAAUGUUUUGUUAUCUGGAGUAGGUCGAAUGCGAUAUGCCGAGUUACGAAUGUGCGUCAUCACGAAAAAAGUUCUGAUCUCGACUUUGGACACAAAGGGAAAUUGGAAGGUGAACGGGCAGCAGUUCGAAUUCUUGACGCGAUAUUAUUAA